AACAAUCAGUUUAAUCACAAAUGAACCCGGUUAAGAUUGAUAAGAUUUCAAAUUUAAUGGAAUUCAAAGAAUGCAAAUAAUAAUACGGUUAUUGAGACACGUAUGCUGAUUGCUUAAUUAUUAAUUGAUAAUUACUGUUAUUUAAAAUGAAUAGAUGUUCAACAAUUUGCUUAUUUGAUGUUGAUGGAACAAUUACAGAUCCUAGACAGCCCAUAAACCCAUCAGUAAGAUCCUACCUUCUUAAUGACCUCAAAAAAGUUUCAAGUGUUGGUCUAGUAAGUGGCUCUGAUAUAUCCAAAAUUAAUGAACAAAUUGGCGGUUUAGAAUUCAUAUCUCAGUUUGAUUAUGUUUUUGCGGAAAAUGGAUUGGUAGCGUUCAAAAAUGGUGUAGAAUUUAAGAAAAAAAAUAUUAUCAAUUAUCUAGGUGAAGAAAAACUUCAAAGUUUCAUUAAUUUUGUUUUGGGCUAUUUAUCAAAAAUUGAAUUACCUUUCAAACGAGGAAAUUUUGUUGAGUUUCGAACAGGCAUGAUCAAUAUUAGUCCUGUUGGCCGUUCUUGUUCAAAUACAGAAAGAGUUGAAUUUGAAAAAUAUGAUAAAGUUCAUAACAUAAGAAAAAAGUUUAUUGAAACCUUAAAUAAUGAACUACCAGACAUUGGCCUGAUUUAUGCUAUUGGUGGUCAAAUAAGUUUUGACUGUUUUCCCGUUGGUUGGGAUAAGCGCUUUUGUCUACGUUACUUAGAAGAAGAAUUUAAUGGAAAAAUACAUUUUUUUGGUGACAAAACUUAUGUGGGAGGAAAUGAUCAUGACAUUUUUAUUGAUCCAAGAGUAAUUGGUCAUUCAGUCACAGACCCAAAAGACACUAUUUCACAAUUAAACAAUUUAUUUUUUAAUAAAAUAUAAAGCAAUACAAAUAUCUUAUAUUAUAUUGUAUACAUAUUUUUAGCUUUAUUAUAAGCAGUUUAUAAAUAAAAAUAAUUAUCACAACA